CUUACAACCGGAACGGAAAAUCUAAGGAUACUUUUUCUUAAUUAUUUUCCUCGCUUCUAUUAUGCAGCGUACACCGACUUGCAAGAAUUGCUGCAAAAGUUACGGCUUUAAAGAUGUGACCAAGCCAAUUGGAAAUCGCAUCCCCUUACUUUUGGAAUGUGGCCACACCUUUUGCGAGGGGUGUGUGACUAAAUGGGCCAGGCUACAAAAGACUGAGGUGUCAUGUUCAGAUUGUCAUCACCCCACCCCACUUACAAUUGAAGGAGAGAAGGGGGUAAUGGCCAUUCCCCCCAACAUCUUCCUGUUAGGAGUGAUGACCAACUCCAAAAGAGCUUCUUACCGCACUGAUGUUCAAAAGCCAGGUCGCUCAAAGCUUGGGACAAAAGCUGGUUUGCAAAGAGCAAUUAAUCAGUUUACCCGCGAAAAGAAAGCUGAACUGAUGAAAAUUGACACUGGUGUACAAUGUGAAGAGUGCACCAGAGCAACAGCCACUAGCAGUUGCAGCAAGUGUGAAACAGUUUACUGUCGUGCUUGUUUUGAGAGAGUGCAUUCAUAUUCAGUUGCUUUGAGGAAACAUGUUCCCUUACCUGUUGCAAAAAAAAACACUGAAACAGCUGUUGGGUGCCCUGAUCACAAUAACAGACCUCUGGAGUUUUACGACAAGGAUGAUUGUCAGCCUGUCUGUUCACACUGUGUUGUUACUGGAGAGAGACAAACACAUGCUAUUGCACCCAUAGAUGAAAUUGCUAAAGAAGUUGAAGAUCAAUUCAAGACAUCAGUUGAUGAAGUAGCUCCAGUUAUCAAAUGUCUAGACAAGUCAGUUCAGGUAAUUUGUAAAGCACUUCCAGGAGUUAAGGCUGAAAAGAAUGAAAUUGUGAAUAAUAUCAGGGAGCACUUUCAGAUGUUAUAUUCUGCUUUACAGACCAGAGAGCAAUCUCUGAUCAAAGAAGUUGAACUAAAUCACAAUGGGGAAAAGAUUCUAGAGAAAAUGCGGGAAGAGGUUGCUGACAAUUUGCGGAAAGCAAAAGAUUAUGUUCAUGAAGUGGAAAGUAUGAUUGGACAACCACAGACAUUAAUUGACAAUGCUAAAAAGUUAAGAAGAGAGUUGGAAUGUGUUAAAGAGAUGCAGUGCUGUGCAGUAAAAGUGAUAUCCCAUGAAGAUCAAAUAAGGUUUGAAACUAGAGGAGAGAUGAGGGAGACAAUUACUGAAUAUGGUUCUGUUUCCACAGAUGGUUGUGCAAGAUUUGAGAUGAAAAAAUUGAGUGCAAUGAAUGAAGAAUACUUGGGAGUAGAGAGUGAUGACUCAGAACAGGAGCUUGUUAAUGCUCAAGAAGAACAAGAAGACACUGCAGAUAAUCAGCUGUCUGAUCAAAGAAUGCAGCAUCAGAGAACACCAGGAUCAAUCACAGUGUCCAGGAUACUUAAAUCAAAUCUUGCAUAUCGUCAUGAACUUGUUCUUGUGACGCAUAUCAGAGAUCCUUGUCAGUUUAUGAUUCAAAGAGUUGCUGACCUUGAACAACUCCAGAUCAUGAUGAAUGUCAUCAACAUCUAUUGCGACAGCACAGAGAAUGUUCAUGAUCUUCUAUAUGAUGUCAAGUUUGGUGACAUGUGUUGUGCUCAGUUUACAACUGAUAAUCAGUGGUACAGAGCUCGCAUCAAGACGGCAUAUUCUCCUGCACAUCCCAACACUGUUCCAACUCUGGAGAAUAAUCUUUGUGUUGAGGUGCAGUACAUAGAUUAUGGAAACAGUGAGUGGCUGCCUUUAAGCAGGUUGAGAAAGAUGAAAGCAGAAUUUCUAAAUGUUCCUGAACUUGGAGAAUGUUGUUGCUUGGCAGACAUUGUACCUCCAUUCCAGGAGGAAAAGUGGCCUGCCAAAGCAAUAAAGGCGUUUGGAAGUCUGACUGGAGAUAAACCUUUGUUGAUGACAGUGAUUGGAAGAAAGGGAAAUAAGCUGGUGGUUGACUUGCGUCGUCCUGAAGAUGAUGAACCAACUCAAGAUGAUGACAGACCUGUGUCUGUCCGUGAUGCCCUUGUUUUCUUGGAAGUGGCUCGUUUCUCUUCUCCUGCCUCAAAACCUGAAGGGCUUUUCUUCCCUAAGAAGACUUACAAAGAAGCUGUUCAUAUCGGUGAAGGAGCAUUUGUUGAUGUGCUUGUAACACAUGUUGCUGCCCCUGAUGAAAUUUAUGUGCAAAAGCUGCGCAGUGAAGAGACAACGGAGCUACAGCAUAUUAUGGAGGAGAUGAGCAAGAUGUUUGGAGGGAGGAGGCGUGGAACCGAAUGGAGUGUUCCGUGGCCUUACAAGGGUCUUGUUUGUGCGGCGAGAUUCACAGAAGACAAGAUUUGGUACAGAGCUCUCGUUACGGCCGUAAACAGCGAUGAAACCGUAGACGUGACGUAUGUAGACUUUGGAAACUCUGAAAAAUUGACAUUUUCCGAGAUCAGGAAACUUCCCGACAUGUUUCUGAGACUUCCAAAGCAGGCAUUACCUGUUUGUCUCGUGGAUAUCAAACCAAAUGAAGAAGAAUGGCAGGGACAGGAUCAACAGAAUGUUUCGAGCCUGUUGCUGAAUAGGUCGUUGGUGUUUGAAGUGAAAGGAGUUGUUGAUAACAAGAUGUCGGUUUUGCUGUAUGACACCACGGGCGCUCAGGACGUUUGUAUUAAUCAGUUUCUUGUGCAGCAUGGUUAUUGUCAGACGGCUGGACUCGGUCAUUUAAAGCAAAAGGAAGCAGAAAAGACAGAAUAUUUAGAAACAGGAAAAAUGCGCAGGAGAAACAGCUUGUGUCGCAUUCUUGCAUGCUCAUUCAAGCAUUCUUGCAGCAUUGUAAAGACCCGGGAUGAACUAGCCACUGAAAGUGAGAACGCAAGAGAUAAGAAGGAAAAUGAGAUCCAGACUGAACAGAAUGUAGAAGAAACAGAAACUGGGCAGGAAACUGCAAACGAACCUGACAUUCAAACGGAGAAGGAGAGCCAGGCUAGUUCAUUCAGGGAAGAGGAGAGGGCUGUGUCUGAAGAUAGAACGGAGCCUCAAGCCAGUGAAACAUCUAGCGCCUCCUGUGAUUACAAGGAGUUGAAGUACAAGGCAGCAACAAUACCGGAAGGAAAGAAAUUCCAAGCCGGAGUCACGUUUGUGGAUUCACAAGGAUAUGUGUAUGCUCAAGAAGUAAAGGAAGGUGACCGUACUUUGAUAAACAUCAUGGGAACCUUGUUAGAGAGAUACGGCAAAAGCGAGGAUCAAUCAGGAGCACCUUCCGAUGUAACGUCAUUGUUCCCAGGCCUCCCGUGCGUUGCUCAGUUCGCAGAGGAUGGUAUGUGGUACCGUGCCUCAGUGAUAAAAAUAUUAGAGGAGGAUAAAGUAGAGGUGAGCUAUGUUGACUUUGGAAAUUCGGAAGUUGUGUCCCUGUCUGCGAUAAGGCAAGAGAUGCCAUUCAUGGAGGUUCCUAACCAAUGUCUUCAGCUGGUUUUGCGCGGAAUUGAACCUAAAACUAGUGACGGGCAUUGGCCACCAGAAGCCAUCCUGGCAUUGUCUCAGGCUGUCGUGGGGCAGGACUGUAUGGCUACAAUCAGGGGUGACAAACUGCCUGGCUACCCUCUGGUGGUAAACCUGUCUCUUCCCGAUGGUUCUGAUGUGGCGCAGAGCCUGCUGAGCAGGGGUCUGGUUCAGAGAUCUCCCGCGCCAGGCGAUGAAGAACAGUCGUCCCAGUUCCACCCGAGAAAGCCAGGGCCUCGGAAAGCCAAGCCUUUCAUAUCAAAGCGAUCAGUUACUGAAACCAGAGCGCAUGCUCAAAUGAUCAGUUCCCGAGAGGCUGAAUGUGUGUUGGUGCAGUCGGAACUCCCUGGGGAUGGAAUACGGUUUGACGUCACUAUCACACAUAUAGAGAGACCUGACUGUCUGUUUAUCCAGCGAGUUCCACCCACUGAGAUAGACAAGGGCUACGCUGACGAUCUUGACCCUACCCUGGACGUUGCAACCGAAGAGCUUCGUAUGCUGGAGGAGAUUAUGGCUAAGAUAAACAGUCCAGAUUAUUUUAAGAAGUACACUCCAUUGGCGACCGCCAAAGAAGGAAUGUUGUGCUGUGCACGCUACACUGAAGAUGACAUGUGGUACAGAGCUCAGAUUCAAUCAGUUGAACAUCAGAGACCUCUUGAGGUCAAAGCGCUAUACGUGGAUUAUGGUACAACUGAAGUACUUAAGGCGGACAGGUUGCGAGGCUUUCCAUCAGAGUUACUAGAUUUACCAGUUCAAGCCACACGAUGUUUUCUUGCCGAUAUCAGGCCACCAGACAAAACAGAUGGACCAAUGAUGGAUGAUACCUGCUGGCCAGUGAGCUCUAUGGAGACCCUCAUUCAGUUGGUGGCCGGCAAGAAACUUGUUGCGAAAGUUCUAUUCAAUGGACCACCGGCCAGUGUGAUGUUAUACGAACAUACAGAGAGACAUGACGGAUGCGUCGAAGAAGUUUCGAUAGGGUUUCUCUUGGCGCAAAGAGGUUUAGCGAAGUGUGUGGAUUAUGAGGUACCCGUAUAUGCAGAAUCAGACACUCAUACCGACGAAAGCUAUGAAUCAGAGGAGAGAACUUUGGAGUUUCAAGAAUCCGAGUUAAAAUUCACAUCGAAGGAUGGAUUAGAGAUUAGUACUGAGACGAAAGCAGAUUCUUCGUCGACUAAAUUGUUGGAAAAAAUUCCCACUCCUGCACGUAACCUUCCUCCCGCAAAACAACUGUUAAAACCAGCAGAGCUAACAUCGAAGGUUACGGAUACAGUUUCUAUAAACUGUGAGUCGGAAGUUAAGAAAACAGAACCCAGUCUAGAUGGGGUCGAAAGUUCUCAACAAACAACAGAAGGAGUUCAAUCACGUGAUGAAAAAGAGACAGCAUCACCGCCUUUGACGUCAGCCCCGGUGGCGAAAGUGACGUCAACAAAUAAAAACACGAAUUCGGCUGAAGUGAAUAAAGAUUCCUUGGAAUCUGCUGUAUGAUGAGUAAAAAGAGAAAAAGAGGAAGAAAUUAUUGUGAAUUGCUUUAAAAUAUGAAGAUUAUGGGAAAGGACUCUUUUUGACAAAGAAAUGUUUAAUUUAGUUUUUGUUUUGCAGUUUUGCAUCGCAGGUUUUAUUAUAAAGCUUACCAUUGGGCGGAAAAUGUUUUCUACUGAGGAUAAAAUAUUACGUUUGUUUGUACAGUUGCUUUGUAUAGUAAUCCUGUCUAUAGGCAUAUUAAAACUUACUUAUAUCAA